AUGACAUUACUAUUCAUUUUAUUCUUGCUUGCUUCUGUGUCAUGUCAGUUUAUCCCAGAUCCGCGACAGUAUCAGGCCAGCGUCUUAGUUGGCACUCGUGUAAUAAUACUUGGGGGCUAUACCGGAAAGCCAGAAUACACUAAUGAAACCAUUGUACUGGAUUUGUCUAAAUCAUUCGACAUUUCUCAUCCCCCUUGGAGCAUAAACACAAAAGGUGCAGCACCAGUUAACGCAGAAUUUGGCACUGCAUGUUUAAGUCCUGUUGACAAUUCCACUAUUUACAUUAUUGGUGGAGUAGCUUACAAAACAUCGUUAGAAUUUGUCAAACCAUCACUGAUUUACGUUUUUAAUUCUGCUGGAUCAAGUUGGACAACUCUGAAUGCAUCUGGGUUUGCACCCUUUGCAGAUAAUACGACUAACGUGUAUAAUGACAUGCAGGCUAUUAUGCGUCAUGAUCUUAUUUAUAUCUUUAGUGGAACAAAUACAUUAAGGCCAAUCGAGAGUAAUCUAACGACGAAUAGUACUCUCCUUCAAACUUUAAACAUACUUAAUACAAAAACACAGGCCUGGAUGAUUUUUAAUUUUUCCAAUACCCCCUCACCACGUGAGGGAUAUACUGCAACUCUUUUAAAAAACGGUUAUAUCCUCUAUAUCGGAGGCACAGAAAAGUUUGGUGACGCGUCCAAAGAGACAAAUGUUAAUCUGAACAAUAUUCCUAUUUUUGAUACGGACGAUUUAACUUGGACUUCAAUGACAGCCGUUGGAGAUACGGUCGAGCCUCGUAAUUCACAUUCUGCAGUGUUAACUGAAGAUGGAAAAAUUAUAAUAUAUGGGGGACAAUCUGGAUAUGGCUUUGUUAAAGUAUCACCUAACCUUGCAAUAUUAGAUACCAAUUCUGUUCCGUAUAAAUGGACAAUUUUAACAAACAUUUCUACAGCAAAUGAAGCACCAGCCAUGGCUGGUCAUUCAUCUAUAUUAUAUAACCAUUACAUGAUUAUAAUAUUUGGACGAAAAACAACGAAUCAACUAGAAAUCGCUUACGUGCCUUCGCUCAACAAUCAACUUUAUAUAUUUGAUACCAAAAAGUAUGCUUGGGUUACGAAUUUUACGCCUUCAUCUGGACAGCGUACAACCAGUUGUAUUAUUGGAAUUGUUUCUGCUAUAAUAUCAGUUUUAGUUGCUAAUUGGAUUCUAUUAUCAUAG